AUGGAAACGUUCUCGUUGACGAAAUAUUUCAACAGUUUUGAUGUGGAAAAAAUCCCCGAUGAAGCCAUCUCAAGUUCAAGAGUUGAUACCAUCACUAACAGUUUAGCCAAUGAUCCAGAAACUAUCCACGACCCUGAAGUGUUUGAAGAACUUCUUGACGUUUGUCAUGGGUUCAAAGGUCUAGAAUCCAAUUCCCAGAAACAAUUGACAUAUUUGGUGGCAUCAUCUUUCAAAACCAUUUGUAUGACCACCAAAGCAUCAAUUGAAUCAGGUGAAUUCAUCGAUACUAUUCCCCAGAUCAAGGCCAGCUUAGAGAAGUUCGGAUACCUUGUGUUUGUACUCUUUACUAUCCUCGGUAAAGAAGAUUUCAGUGGUUUGGCAUCAAGAACUAAGAAUAAGACCUUGAUGGCUACAUGGAAGAAUAAUUGUGGUAAAGUUCAGGACCUUUUAGAUUGUUCCCAGGAAUGUUUGGAGUUAGAAUUAUCCAAGAUCUUUGUCACCACCCCAGAACGUACGGCUUUUAUGGAAUUAUUCAAUCGUCCUAUCUUUCAUCUCAUGGAAACUCCUGAACGGAUGAAAUCAGUUCCUUUGAAAACCGUCAUGUUCCGUUGUGUUUGUUUGAUGGUGAAGAACCAUCAGCAUUCCAGUACGGUUCAGAACUCCAUAAUUCAAUCGUUGACUUAUUUCAUCCAUUUACCACCAUUUAUGGCGGAAUUACUAUAUCUUCUUGAUUCCAAAUUCGAUUAUGGUGUGUUAACUGAAGAAGUUUUACGUGAAGUUUCAUCUAUACGGUUUGAUUCCAACGAUAACACUGGUCCCAAGUCCAUAUCUGAUUUUUUGGUCAACUUAUCCCAACUUAGUCCCAGAUUACUCCUUAAACAAAUGGCUUCAAUAGCUCAACUUUUAGAUAAUUCCAAUCAAACUUUGAGAUGUUCAGUGGUAGAAUCUUGUGGGAAUAUCGUGGUAGAUAUCAUUAAAUCUGAUGGUUCUUAUACUGAUGAAAACCUGAAUCAUGAGCUAAACGAGCUAAACGACGAAAGAAGAGAAGGACAAAAUCAACAACAUAUUGAAAGUUUGAUUGAUCUUUUACAAGAAAGGCUUUUAGAUCAGAAUCCUUAUGUUAGGACCAAAGCCAUUCAGGCAUUGAAUAAGAUCUGCUCGUUGAAUGUCAAGUUCACCAAGAGAAAACAGAUAUUUAUGUUAUUGGCAGUAAGGUCUUUGGACGAUAGAAGUACUUUGGUGAGGAGGAAUGGUAUAAAGUUCAUGGCAAAGUUGGUAUUGAACCAUCCGUUUGCUACCGUCCAUGGUACGCAGCUUGGAUUGAGUAAAUGGAUGGAGAGAUCAGAAGAAGCUAAUAAGAUUUUGGAAGAGUAUUUACCGGCUGAACAGUUUGAGCAAUGGAUGGAGGAGAGGGAAAGAGUUGAAGAUGAAGAUGCCAUGGAAGUUGAUGAGCCACAGGAAGAGCGAGAGCAGGAAGAGCGAGAGCCAGAAGAAGAAGAAGAAGACCUGCCAGAACAAGAACAACAACAAGAACAACAACAAGAAGAACAAGAACAACAAAUACCUACAGACACAAACGCAAUGCUUAAAGCUAAACUCAGUGCUCAGUACUACCACGAUGCCGUCAAUUUCAUCAAAGUCAUCCAUAAAGGUACCGAAACCAUUUCCAAUCUUCUUUUUUCCAAAAACAGAAACGAAGUUCUUGAAUCUAUGGAUUUCCUUGUCCUUGCUGAUGCCUACGGUAUUGAAAAUUCCAGCGAUGGGAUCCGUAGAAUGCUUCAUUUAGUCUGGAUGAAAGGUUCUUCUGAUGAAGGGAAAUCCAUAGCUUCUCAUUUAAUCGAUUGUUAUCGAGAACUUUUCUUAUCAGCACCUUCAGAUGCUACCGUUACACAAAAGGCUUCAUAUAUUGCUAAGAAUUUGAUCAAUAUCACCCUAACUUCUUCAUUAGCUGAUUUAGCAUCGUUUGAAAAAUUGAUUUGUUUAAUGUAUUCAGAAAAUUUGAUAUCACGUGACGUGAUAACUAUUUUAUGGCAAAUUUAUGGUCAUAAAACUGAUCUGUUAACCGAAGAACAAGUAGAAUCGUCGAAAUCCCAACGUCGUGGGGCCAUUAUCGUCCUAGGAAUGAUGGCUAUAGCCGAUAAUACCGUAGUAUUGAAAGGUUUAGAUCUUCUUUUGAAUACUGGUCUUAAUAUUGACCAAUUUGAUGAUUCAGAAUUGUGUAAGUAUACUUGUAUUGCCCUUCAGAGAACCGUACCCACCGUGUCAAAGAGUAAAGAUACGAUGUUUCACAAAGUUGAACGAGAAGAUGAGAUCAUAGAUAAGUUGAAAGUGAUCUUAUUAACCGAUAAUGAUGAUCCUUCGUGGUACGGAGUGGCCGAACAAGCUAUUUCGGCGAUUUUCAAAGUCUCUGGUUCUCCUGAUGCCAUUUGUUCCGAUGUCAUUAAACAAAGAUCAAAAUCGGUGUUUCAAAACGACGACAUUAACUCCUUAUCCCAGCUUUUGUUCAUGGUAGGUCAUGUGGCCAUCAAGACGAUUGUGUUCCUUGAAAAACUUGAAACUUUCUUCAAGAAGAAGAAACAUGAAAGUGAACACAAAAAGGAUAAUGAAGAAGAUGAAGAGAAUGAAUUGGAGAUGAUUGGUGGAACUACCGAAGAUGAUUUCACCGAUGCGGUGAUUUAUAUCAAAGAAAAAGAGAUUUUAUUCGGCGAUAAUGCCUUAUUGACGAGAUUUGGACCCGUAGUUAGGGAGAUUAUCAGUAAUAGUAAGACCUAUGAUAAUAUCAUCCUUCAACGGUCAGCUGUACUUUGUAUGGUGAAGUUAAUGUGUAUUUCAUCCAAGUUCUGUGAACAGAAUCUUCCUCUCCUUAUCACUGUCAUGGAGAAAUCUCCUGAUCCUAUCAUUAGGUCCAAUUGUGUGUUAGGUUUAGGAGACAUGGCAGUAUGUUUCAAUAACUUGGUGGACGAAAAUACUGAUUUCUUAUACCGUAGAUUGACUGAUGAUAAUAUAAUGGUACAAAGAACUUGUUUGAUGACAGUGACGUUCUUAAUUCUUGCCGGGCAAGUCAAAGUUAAAGGACAACUUUCAUCUAUGGCCAAAUGUCUUGAAAAUGAAGACCAAGGAAUGAGUGAUAUGUGUAGAUUAUUCUUCACGGAAUUGGCCACUAAAGAUAAUGCCAUUUAUAACGGGUUCAUCGAUAUCUUUAGUGGGUUGUCGUCGGACAAAUCGUUGGACAAGGAAUCAAUGAAACGUAUAGUGAAGUUUUUGGUGGGAUUCAUCGAGAAGGAGAAACACCAGAAACAGUUGAGUGAGAAGUUAUUGGUGAGAUUGAACAAAAGUCAAACUGGUGAUCAAUGGGACGACAUUGCCUUUGUGUUACAGUCGAUUCCUUAUAAGAAUGAAAAUAUCACUAAGGCAUUGGAGGAAGGGUUUAAGUUGGUGACUUGA